AUGAGAUAAACAAUCGAAACUGCCUGUUUUAUCAUAGAGAGUUUUUCAAUAAUUUAUAAAGUUGUGGAUUAUUUGUUCAAUUUAGAGCCCAUACAAAAUUAUGCUUAUUAAAAGUUUUACAAAGAUGUUCAAUAUUUUAAACAUAGCUGGUUUAUAUCUUACUAAAUGCUAUCCUCUAUUUAUAUUUAAAAUAAAGUUAAUAAACAAGAGAAUUACAAAAAUAAUAAAAGUUUUGAGAAUUAAAUGAUUGUCACUACAGUGAUUAUUUAGAAAUCAACUAAGUUUUGUUUUUUUAUAAAUCAGAUAGAGUAUUUAAAUCAAGAGAAUUAAAGAUUUUCGUAUGUUUUUGAGUUUCGUUCUUAUAAGACUAUUAUGAAUUUGUAUACAUGCAAUGCUUAACCCAAUUUCUUUACUUUUAUAAUGAAUAAAGCUAAUUAUUCGAUUCAUUACUAAAUCAUAAUAUUCCUUCAUCAUUUACAAAUUAAGAAUGUAAUUAAAAUAGAAUAAAUAGUUUAUAUAUUUAUGAAGAAAUGUUGUACAUAGUAAUAACUCAAUUUACAUCUGUUAGAUUAAUUACUUUAAAUAGUAUGGUAUAAUUUUUAGGAGAGUACUCUUUAGAUUUAACAAAUCUAGAAUAUAUUCAAUUAAUACUUGAUUCAGAAUAAAUCGUAAUUCUAUAUUCAUUUACUGGAUCUUAGAGUUGAAACUUAAGAUUAUACAAUAUUUAAUUUUAGAUCUUACUCAAAUAAGUAAAUUAUUUAAGAGGUGAUUUGAGUGUAAACAUGGUGUUACAUCAUCAGGAAUUAUCAUAGCUGGAGUUAGAAGAAGCAACAAUCUGUUGGUGAAUUUGCUGUUUUUUUGAAUAAUUAAGGAGAAAAGAUUAAAUCUGAUUAUAUUAAAGGAUAAUAUAGUUAAAUACCUCUAACAACUUUAUUAGAUAUUUAAAUAGUCUGUUUAGUUUGGAAUGCUUGGAAAAAUCAAUAAUUAUGGAGCUUAUCAUAUUCCUUAAUAGAUUGGAAUGGAUAAUUAAUUCAAAUGACUUGUAUCAUUUAUCCUUAUGAUUAUGCUCGGUGCUCUGAUUCAUCAACUUGUUAAUAAUAUGAAUUCGGAUACUAAUUUGUAACAAACUAUAAAGAGCUAAAUAUAUAGUAUUCCUAAUGUAUAAAAAAAUGCGAAACUUUCUGUUCAAUUUGUUAUUUGAUGAAAGAUGUUUAUAAAACUAUUAUGUAGAUUAAAGUGGAGUUUGUGUAUUAAAUGAAUUUGAGAAUAAAGCAAUUUAAAAAUAAAUGA